AUUACUUCCAUUCUGGUCAGCGGUCACAUUUUCAACACUUAUGCCCCCCUCGAUCCAAUCGAGCCAGAUCUAAGGGCAUUUGUGGAAUAAAAAAUAUUACAGUUGUGAAAUUCACUCCACCGGCACUUCUUUUUCUCUCUCUCUCUCUCUCUCGAUUUCCCCAUUUCCCCAAAUCCGAUCCAAUCUCCUCCGCCGCACCACCACCACCACCACCCCCUUCCGUCGCUCCGCCGCCCAAUCGAAAUGAGGAACCUACUCUCUCUCCUCCCUCUCCUCCUCGUCCUCCUGCCGCUCGCCUCCGCGGAGAUCAAAAGCCUAAAAAUCUCCGCCGAUUCACGGCCCAUGAUCCUCUUCGAGCGAUUCGGAUUCACGCACACCGGCCGAACCACCAUCGCCGUCUCCUCCGUGUCGGUGAUGUCCAACGUCGGCUCCCCCGAUCCCUCCCGAUUAGGUUUCUUCCUCCUCUCCGAGGAAUCCCUAAUUCAGGUCCUCCUCGAACUCCAGGGCAACCCUUCCUUCUGCGUGCUCGACUCCAAUAACAUCAAUCGCCUCUUCACCUUCCGGGAUCUCUCCCCUCCGCCGCACUCCUCCUUCAACCAAUCCUACCCGAUCGCUUCUCCGAACGAGUAUUCCCUCUUCUUCGCCAAUUGCGCCCCUGAAUCUGCUGUCUCCAUGAAUGUCCGCACCGAGCUUUACAAUCUCGACGGCCGUGGAAGAGAGAAGGACUUCUUGUCCGCCGGCCUAACUCAAUUGCCGUCGUUGUAUUUCUGUUUCUCCGUCCUUUAUUUUGGAUUUCUGGCAUACUGGUUUUUUAUCUGUUUCCAAAAUAAGAAGUCGGUUCAUCGGAUCCAUUUGCUGAUGGGAGUUUUGGUUGUUAUGAAGGCAUUGAAUUUGCUCUGUGCAGCAGAGGAUAAACAUUACGUGAAGGUUACGGGGACCCCACACGGAUGGGAUGUGUUGUUUUACAUAUUCCAGUUUAUUAGGGUUGUUCUGUUGUUUACUGUGAUUGUUUUGAUCGGUACGGGGUGGUCGUUUUUGAAGCCGUUUUUGCAGGAGAAGGAGAAGAAGGUCUUGAUGAUUGUGAUCCCUCUGCAGGUCUUGGCAAAUAUUGCGUCUAUCGUGAUCGGUGAAACGGGGCCGUUUAUCAAGGAUUGGGUGACAUGGAAUCAGGUUUUCCUGUUGGUGGAUAUUAUUUGCUGCUGCGCGAUUAUUUUUCCCAUUGUGUGGUCUAUUAGGUCAUUGAGGGAGACUUCGAAGACUGACGGGAAGGCUGCUAGGAAUCUGGCAAAGCUUACCCUUUUUAGGCAGUUCUACAUCGUUGUUAUUGGGUACUUGUACUUCACGAGGAUCGUGGUGUUUGCUCUUAGGACUAUUGCUGCUUAUAAGUACCAGUGGGUGGCUAGUGCAGCUGAGGAGAUUGCGAGCCUUGCCUUUUAUGCCAUAAUCUUUUACAUGUUUAGGCCAGUUGAGAAGAAUGAGUACUUUGCACUUGAUGACGAGGAGGAAGAGGCUGCGGAGUUGGCUCUUCGAGACGAGGAAUUCGAGCUUUGAAGAUGGAAAUCCGAAAUGCUGCUCCUUUUUGAUACUAUAGCGGCCUCACAUCUACAGAUUGUGAGUUUAUAUAGCGAUUAUAUGGAUAGGUUUGCUGCAAAGUUCUGAUUGUGUACUUGUUCCGUUUAUUUUUCUUACCUUUUAAAUUCUCUUAGAGGUACAAUGAGUUUUAUCUGACUAUUGGCUUUCAAUUCUCUAUCACGGAAAAUGUUAUUUCAUUUUACAAAUGUCAUCACUCUUUGUUGAGUGCAUUGUUGCCGAGCUGGAAAUAGUUGGCUAUUCAGUUGUCUUAUCGAUUUGUCUUAUUUUUCUCCAUCCAUAAUGCCAUUGUUGUGGUUUGCCA